AUGGUGGGUGCUGGUUCCAGACGAUCUUCACGCGGCCGCACUUCGGAAGUGCAAGUGGAAGCAACAAUGCGCUCUCGAAAGGUCAAGUUUGGACAAGCACAAGGUGAAUCAGACGAUAAACCCGUCACAACAUCCAUGGACCUCAACGCAGACGCCAUCAAAGGGGUCAUCGGUCAAGCCAGAACCCUUCUUGCCGAGCUCGGUCCUCAGCUCUCUGCUCGAUCGCCCACCAAGAUGGCGACCAACGCGUUCGAGAUCUCUCCAGACAACCUCUCACUCCACACGCUUCGAGACCAGCUGCUGUCGAAAGCAGACCGCAGCAACCAGAGACGCCUGUUUGGCGAAAACGCGUCGCCAGCCAAGCGCAGACGUAGCAGCUUGUCGCAACUUGCAGGCCAAGGCGAACUCGACAUCAACUGGGCCGUCUACAAGGAAUGGCCAGAGGGACUUGUAGAGGAAGAGAGGCUGCUGCUCGACUAUUUCAAGAAGCUCAAAUUUAUCUACCUCGAGCAAGAAACCAAAAUGCGAUUCAUGGCCGACAUCCAGGACGACCUCGAUUCCGGCAAAGAGGCCACUGUUUACUCGGCUGCCGAGGUCGCCGAACGCGAACGUGUUGCCAAGACGCUCAAGACGCAGCUCACCGAAGCCAAAGCCGAAGUGCGUGGCCUGCGAAAGGAAGUCGACGCAGCCGCCGAACAACUAUUUGAGCCCUGGAAGGAGGUCGAGAGGGACAGUCGUGAGGCUGAAUUGCUCAUCAAAGAGAUUGGAGAUAUGGAGCUUGAGUUGGCCAAGAUUCGUGCUCAAAGCCAUGGAAAGGGUAGAAAUGUUGCUGCGAUCGCAGCAAGGGAUGGACCGCUGACUACCAGCGAGGCUGAAGACUAUUGUGACAUGCAGGUCGAAGAGAUGACGGCUGUCGAGGCUAAGACGACCAACAUGAAAAAGGCCAUCGAAGCAACAAAGAAGGAUCUCGCUUCGUCCUUGAGAGCGCUCGACAGAAUCAACGCUGAACGCUCGUUGGCAGAAAAGUACGCCAACGAGGCCAAGUUGGGCAUGGGUGUCGACGGCGGCCGAGACCUCGAGACCGAACGACUCUGCGCCAGUCAUGCAGCCACCAUCAGUUUGCUACGGUCGCUGCUCGGCAUUGACGAGAUCGAAGCUGUCUCUUCCAACGAGAUCCGUAUCACGUACAAGUUGCCGCUCGACUCGAUCAUAAGCAUGCAGAAGUCGCAGCAGGAAGAGUCCGCGGCCAAUGCCUCGGGCGCGCGACGAAAGCGAAAAUCAAUUGCCAUGCCUGAUCAGUCUCUGGUGCACGUCAAUCUCCGUUUCCAGGAUGUUGGCGGUCGCAUCGAUGAAGUCAGCGUAACUUCGUCCACGGGCGAGCAGUACGACAUGCCCGAAGCAUCUAUGGCGAGGCUGCGAGCGUUGCAGAAGGCCAACGAUGUACCAUUGAUCAUUCAGGAGGUGCUAGCUGCCUUCUGA